AUGAGCACGGCGGAAUUGGAGCUGCGGAGGACGCUGGCCGACGUGCUGGACGACGAGCUCCGGAUGCCAGACCACUGGAAUGCCUCAAGCCACGCGAACAAGUCGUUCGAGGACCUGCUGAUCUUGCCACAGGAGCACCAGGAGUACCCGCUGUCGAGCCCAAUGUUCAAACACUACGCGGGGACGUACCCGUUGGGGGCGGGGACGGUGGCCACAGGGUCACUGAACUCGGCCAUGCCGUCGCACCUGCUGGCCAGCCACGCGCCGAUGAUAGACGAUACACAUGCGGGCUACGUGGUUGCGGACGGCGCGGCGGCCGCGACUGCGAACAUUUUCAACAAGUACGCGGACCCCACACUGACGACCACGCACGCGAAUGGCGAGUCUGCUGCGUCGCUGCAACAGCCGCAGGGCUCGGCCAAUGCGCCGCCACUGCAGCAAAACGUGCACUCGGUGUCCGGGCAGCAGCAGACAGUGCCGCAUGCAGGCGUUGCUAAGACGCUCGGCUCUGGUUGCAUGCUCACUCCGAUUCAGCCUACAAUAUCGCUGCAUAGCGUGAUGGACGCAGGGAGCUCUUACAUGCCCCGGUUGAGUUCAGCGUGCACGCCGGUGCUGCCUAACUUGCCUAGCUCGGCAACGGCAACGGCAAACUCGGCACAGUCGGCAGCAACAGCCACUAGCUAUAACCAGAUUUCGCCAAGCAAGUACAACCUCAUUGAUGAUCACCAGACCCGUAUUGCAGAACAGCGGGAACUUGAACUGCUAGAUGAUGAAGACUAUAUCAGAGACUACUAUAUGGAGGAGAAUGGCCAUAAGAUGAAUUACUUUUGGCCUCUGCAAGAUAAUAUUAGUAAUUCCCAGGUACACAUGCACGACCCGAUGCAGCAGCUUUUUGACCAAGAUUUCGACGAUGACCUCAGCGACGACGACGACGACGAUUCCAACUCCUUGGAGCUCCUAGGCGAAGAUUACGACGAUGAGGAUCGUGACAACGAUGACUCGCAAAUAUUCGACCGCACCCGGAAAUUAAACUUCAACCCGUCCGUGUCGUCGUACCUGCGUCCGCUUCUUAACUCCGAAUCUUUUGUUGACACAGAGAUAGUAGCCGAUGAAACAAACGGUGACGAGUUCAAUUACUGUGGGGAUGACGACGACAACGAGUCUUCCGUCUUUGACGAUGAUACCUUGUUUGAGGGAAAGGGCGCCCGGAAGCCCAGUGUUGUUUGCGCCGAGAAAUUAUCGCGGGAGCAGACCGCCUUCGACGCGAAGUUUCUAACUCCGUCGCCUGGGGCCGAUUUCGCUGGAAAGUCGCAAUCGCCGGUGGUUGUGUCUGUUCCAAUUCCUGUUAAGAAAUCCUCCAAGGGACCCAACACUGCCAAGGCUGAACAGGCAGGGCUCAUUUCCCCAGUGCACAACUCAUCUACCAAGCUCAUAAAACGUCUAGCCGCUAAUCGGCGCAAAUCUGCGGCUGCUGGCGCGGCUCCUCAUGUCAGUAAAAAGGCGUCUACACCAUCAGGCGGCACAUCCUCCACCUCUAAUGGCUCGUCGAAUACUUCGAUGACGGCAUCAGCCAGUCCAAUGGUCCACCAUUCGCAUUCCGGUUACCACGAGAGUAAUUGCCACAGUAGCUCCUCGAAUGAUAUAAACGAAGAACAUACAUGCCAGUUGAUUAAUUCAAUUACUAAACAACCGUGUUUGAAGAAAUUUUCCAGACCUUACGAUCUGAUCAGGCAUCAAAAAACCAUUCAUGCAACCAAAAAAAAGAUAUUUCGCUGUCUCAUCUGUAUCCAAGAGCACGGUACGGAGGGCUAUCAGCGUACCUUUUCGCGUGGUGACGCAUUGAGCCGGCAUGUCAAGGUCAAGCACGAAUUAGUUGGUGAAGAAGCUCAGAAAGUCAUUCAAUUUGCUAAGGAGAACGUUGAAUACGUGGAAGCAUAA